ACAGAAGCUAGUAAGAAUGUCAUAUCACACCAUUUUCACACGGAUGAAAUUAAUGAAAUUUUUCUAGAUACAUUUAAUUCUAAUGAAAAGCAAAUGGGGAAUCCCCCUGAAGUCAUUGAAAACUGCAAUCAUAUUAAUUUAGCAGAUUUUAAUAUACAAAGCAGAUAUGCGUUUGUACCUAAAGGUAUGUCACCGAUUUUCGUCAACUGUAAUUUGAUUCCCUCACUCGCAACUAGACAUUUUGACGACGAGUAUUAUAAAGAUGCUAUUUAUGAAAAUUUUGCCGAAAAAGUUAUGGCAAAUGCUCAAAUAUUUGAGCCAACGAUACAAAACGUUAACGACACAAAUACAAACGAUGGUGUAAAAAAUAACAAAAUGAGAAAAGAGAAUGCUGACUUAAUGUUUGAUGCUGAAUCUAUAAAAAAUGCUAAAGUGUUUGCUCAAGUUGACUGCAAAUACAUUGUUACUAUAUUACCUGGAAAAGCAAUUUCCAAAAAUGCCAAAUUAAAUUAUUUGGUUUUAUUUGACCAACAUGCUGUGCACGAAAGAAUUAGACUAGAGAAGAAUCUGUCAGACUACUUUGAUGGAUUAGCUUGGAAAUGUGUCGAUAUUGAUACAAUUUCAUUCAAAUUACCAAAAGACGAUUCAACCCUUCUUCACAAUCACAAAGAUAAACUUAGUACCUUUGGAUUACAAUGGCGUAUCGAAGAUAAUAAUAUAUCGGUUAAUGCUAUACCAGAGGCAAUUCUUGGUAAAAAUCCUAGACAAGCUGACGUAGUUCUUAAUGCAACCAAAUGUUUGUUGUCAGAACUAAUUGACGCGUUAAAGAAUCUUAAAGGAAAUAUACCGCUUUAUCCCCAAUCAAUUAUGAAUCUUGUUUUUAGUGAGGCCUGUCGUUAUGCAAUUAUGUUUGGAGAUAAGUUGUCGAAAUCGGAAUGCGUCAAUUUAAUUAAUUCUUUGGCUGAGUGUAAUACUCCAUUUCAAUGUGCCCAUGGGAGGCCUGUUAUGGCAGUUAUUAUGGAGGUUAGUGAAGAAAAACCACGAUAUAUGGUAAACGAAAGCAAACUUUUGGAAUUCAGAAAUAAAUGUAAAUAUAUUAAAAAUUAACACAACAUUAACUCAGGUGAGGC